AAAUCCUCAAUAUAAAUUACUUACAGCAUCUACACACACGAUUUUGCUGUGCCUGUGCGCCGUUUCUCCGUUUUCCUUUUCUCUACAGAAAUAGAAUAUUUAUAUGUACGCAUAAAUAUUGAUUGUUCACUUUGAUGAGUAUGUUUUUGGAGUUCAAUUUGUUUGUUUGAUUGAUUGAGUAAACGAUGAGAAGAGGAGGAGUCAAUGGAGCCGACGCGUUGGAGACCAUAAACGCGGCCGCCACUGCGAUCGCAUCUGUGGAGACUCGCGGUCUUCAGGAUUCGGUUCAGAAAAGGAGGUGGGGACGCUGGUGGAGCCUUUACUGGUGUUUUGGGUCGAACAAGACUAAGCGAAUUGGGCAUGCCGUUCUUGUUCCUGAAACUACUGCUGCAGGAGCUGAUGCUCCCACGGCAGAACAUCCAGCGCAACCACCUUCCAUAGUAUUGCCCUUUGUUGCACCUCCUUCUUCUCCUGCAUCAUUCCUUCCAUCCGAACCUCCAUCUGCUGCCCAGUCACCGACUGGCCUGUUAUCACUGACUUCUGUAUCAGCAAGCAUGUAUUCUCCCGGUGGUCCUGCCUCAAUUUUUGCUAUUGGUCCUUAUGCUCAUGAGACCCAGUUAGUUUCUCCCCCGGUCUUCUCAACCUUCACCACUGAACCAUCUACUGCCCCCUAUACGCCUCCCCCAGAGUCGGUCCACUUAACCACACCUUCCUCUCCUGAGGUCCCAUUUGCAAGGCUUCUUGAACCCAACCUCCAGAACAGUGAAGCUGGUCAGAGAUUCCACAUCUCUCCAUAUGAGUUCCAAUCCUAUCAGCUUCAACCUGGUAGUCCAGUUAGCCAUUUGAUCUCGCCUAGCUCAGGUAUCUCUGGUUCAGGCACCUCAUCACCGUUUCCUGACCGUGAGUUUGCUGCUGGACACCCCUUUUUUCUUGAGUUCAGAACCGGUAACCCUCCUAAACUUUUGGAUCUUGACAAUAUUGUGGUUCGUGAAUGGGGAUCGCGUCAAGAAUCUGGCGCUGUGACUCCGGAUGCGGCCGGCCCUAGAUCCUGUGAUAGUUGUCUACUGAACCGUCAAAAUUCAGAUGUUGCUCCACUCCCAGAUACACAUAAAAGAUUGAAAAAUGACGAGACCAUGGUUGAUCAUAGAGUUUCUUUCGAGAUAACUGCUGAAGAAGUUGUAAGAUGUGUGGAAAAGAAGCCAUUGGCCUUGGCCAAAUCAUCUCAAGAGUCGGUUGAGAACGCAGAACAUAUGGGCGGAGAAAAGCCAAUUGAAAUGGCAAAUGGGAGUGGGUAUCCUGCUGGAGAAGACUCCAAUUACACAUCCAAGAAAGAUCAAACUGAUGGUGACAACGAGCGAAGACAUCAAAAGAACCGGACAAUCACUCUCGGAUCAUCCAAAGAAUUUAACUUCGACAAUGUAGACGGAGGAAAUUCUGAUGAACCUAGCAUUGGUUCUUCUGAGUGGUGGGUUAACGAGAAGGUUGUUGCGGAGGAUGGAAGCCCAUGUAAGAACUGGUCUUUCUUCCCGAUGAUGCAGACAGGGGUCAGCUAGCAGCAGCAAUGCUGAAGAUAAAAGGCCAAGUUCUUCUGGUGAUAGCUCAGUCAUUGUGAAAUUAAUUGUAGUGGUAAAAUUGGAUACUAAGGUAGUUGAUGUUUGCAGGACUGACUCUUACUUGAAGGCUGUUUUUGAGAACUUCCUGACCCCCCAGCACAGCAAAUAGAAAAAAGGGACAUAUUCGUAGGAUAGUGGCAAUACCGUAUGAUGCUCGAGACAGAAAUGUCUCGAAGCUACAUCAUCUAGGUAUUGACAUUUUGUUGUAUAUGUAAGAUAAUUAAUAUAUAUAGCUAGAACUGCCAUAGACCGGCUUCUGCUAAUGAUGACAGUGAAAACGAUGAUAAACUAUUAGAUAUAAUUUUGACAAUCGAGCUUCUGGAUACAGCAGGAAAGUCUCAAUUGAGGUUCAUUUUAGCUGCUA